ACUAAAAUUUUUUCACGUGCAAUGGCCUUUUCUCGUAUAUUAAUGUGUGAUCCAAAAUGGCCGCAAUGAGAAUAAUAGUAAAUUCCGUUUGUUAACAAUGUGAUAGUGUCAUCUAUGAUAAAAGUUGAAAGAAAUAACGUAUUUGCUUAAGUUAACCUUAAAAGGUGCAUGUGAUUUCGAGGAUCGACUAGAGAAUAUUUGAGAUAAAUCAUUCACUGACCAGAAAAGCAACAUUUUUCUUUUCUCAGAACCGUGCAACGAAUCCAAAGAAACGAUAAAUCUCGAGCAUUGAAUCACUCAUCACCGACCAAUAUCAGCGACAAUGACAGUUGUGAAGGUUCUGGACGGCGGCUUUUCCGGGCAACUGUCACGUCACGUUGGCGCAAAAAUCGAUGGCGAUCCGUUGUGGACGGCGCGAUUUCUCGCUACCAAUCCUGACGCUGUAUAUGCCACGCAUUUGGACUUCCUGGGUGCCGGCGUCGAUGUUAUCGAAACCAAUACUUAUCAGGCGUCCGUGCCCGGCUUGAUUAGAUAUCUAAACGUGAACGAACGUGAGAGCCUAGAUCUGCUUGCCAAGGCCGUGGCUCAAGCGAAGAAGGCCGUGGAUGUUUAUACUCGAGAAACAGAUAAUCUUCGGAAGCCACAUAUCCGCACGAAACCCAUGGUGGCUGGCUCUUGCGGUCCUUAUGGCGCUUAUUUGCAUGAUUCGUCAGAGUAUACGGGUUCCUAUGGGAAAUCUGUAUCUCGGCAAGAACUGAUCGAUUGGCACAGACCGCGCGUUCAAGCAUUAUUGGACGCCGGUGUCGAUUUGUUGGCUCUGGAAACUAUACCCUGUGUUGAGGAAGCGGAAGCUUUGCUGGAGCUAUUGCGAGAAUUUCCACAUGCCCGUGCGUGGCUCUCGUUCUCCUGUCGAGACGGUCAGCUGUUGGCGGAUGGUAGCAUCUUCCAAGAAAUAGCUGUGCGCUGUUACCGAUCUUCGCCAUCGCAGAUUGUCGCGGUCGGUGUUAAUUGCAUCGAUCCGAGGUACGUGACUUCCUUGUUAAAGGGAAUCAACGCGAAUGCAUCAUCGCGGGAUUUCAUUCCUCUGAUAGUGUAUCCUAACAGAGGCGGCAGUUGCUCCGCAACCGGUGAAUGGACCGCAGUCCCGGAUGAUCAUUCCUUGAAUCUACCUAUAUCAGAAUGGUUGGACAUGGGAGUUCGAUAUAUCGGUGGUUGUUGCAAGAUCUUUGCGGAAGAUAUAAAAACGAUUCGAUCGGAAGUCGAUCAGUAUCACGCAAAAAUCGCAGCAAUGUGAUUCCAUUUAUCGAGCUGAUGCAAUGAUUUCCGAAUUCGCAUGAUGCACAUUUUUACGAAUAUUAUUAUAUAUGCUUAUCAAAGUUUUUUCUCACUGUUGAUUACUAUAAUUAAAGAUAACGCGUGUUUAUAAUUAGCUGAAAAUGGGCGUAAGUUUGAGAAGAUUGAAGUUGAUGUAAUGUUUGUAUGUCUGAUGUGAUCAUUAUAAUAUGAAAAACCUGUCGUGUGAACAUCGAUGCAAUUGCAUUAUAAUCAAUAAUUGUUUAAAACAUAAGUACAAUAUUAAUACAAUAUUUCAUACAGCUAUAUUUUUAAUUUUUAUAUUAAUAUUUACACAC